GGCGCUGCCGCCCGCAUCGCCCGCGUGUGCCGGGAACCGGGAUCUGGGAUCGGGAUGGGCAGCGCGGCCGGGCCGCUGCGGGUGCUGGUGGACAUGGACGGAGUCCUGGCCGACUUCGAGGGCGCGGUGCUGCGGGAAUUCCGCGCCCGCUUCCCGGCGGAGCCGCGCGUGGAGCUGGCGGAGCGCAGGGGCUUCUCGGUGCGGGAGCAGUACCGCAACCUGCGGGAGGACCUGGAGGCCAAGGUAGCCAGUGUCUAUGAGUCACCUGGCUUCUUCCUGAGGUUGGAUCCAAUUCCAGGAGCCCUUGAAGCUAUGAAGGAGAUGAUCCGCAUGCAGGACACCCAGGUGUUCAUUUGCACGAGUCCUCUCCGGAAAUACGAGCACUGCAUCGUGGAAAAGUAUAAGUGGGUAGAGAAACAUUUGGGGCCCGAGUUUGUGGAGAGGAUUAUUCUGACCCGAGAUAAGACCGUCGUAGCUGCUGACCUGCUGUUUGACGACAAGGACACCAUCCAAGGUGCGGAACCGAACCCGAGCUGGGAGCACAUCCUGUUCACCUGCUGCCACAACAGGCACGUCCAGCUGCCGGCCCCGCGCCGGCGCCUGCUCUCCUGGGCGGACAAUUGGAAGGCCAUCCUGGAAAGCAAGCGCAGGCAGUAGUGCAGGAAGGGGAUGCUGUGCCCUUCCCAAUGCCAGGGAAACCCGUUCCCAGGAGCCAGUGAGCACCGUCACCUCGGGGUCAGUUAUAAUAACAAAUGAGCUGCCACUGUCAGACUUGGUACAGAGCUGACUCUCUCCACAUUUCUGGAAGAUUCCUCUGCACUCAGUUAACCUCUGUAGCAUUUUGGAUGUUUGCUGUUUGGAGAAGAGAAACUGUAAAACACAA